GAACUAGAUUUUCAUAAUAUGAUGGUAUCUUCGGUAGCUGCUAUUGGUUCUGAUCAUAGGAACAAGCAACACUGUUGUUCAAUUAAACUUAUAAUAACAAUAACAUUACUGAUUGUGAUCAAGUAUUUUACGAGUGGUGUUGAAUCGGCACUUGAUGAUAGUUGGAAUCAACGAUACGGAAACAGUGCUCGUUCUCGUCAUUCACACUACUUUACUAAUCAUGCCGAGUGGACUAGAAAGUUCAAGAAUACAUUUGAUUCGAUAGAGAUUGAAUCUUUAUUGAUGGAUCCUAAUAGAGGUGAGAUGGUAGUGUUGGGGUCGAAAGAUGAAACACAACAACGUUUGAUUUAUAUAGGAAACGAGAAUGGAACCUAUUCUGAGAGUGAGAGUUUUAUUGAUUACAAGUCAUGGUCGAGACCAACUGUUGGCUUUUUGAAUGCAGUAGUAGAUGCUAAUUAUGGAAAUUAUUUUAUUGUGAGACAGUGCCGUGCAACAAAGGAAUAUGGUAUUUUAAAGAUUAGUAGACAAUCAAUUCUAUGUAUCUUCAGAAUAUCUCAAGUGAUCAAUGAUCUGAUGACCGUUUCAGAUAACACCUUAUUGAUUGCUUUGGAUGAUGUGGUACUCACAAUUGAUUCAAAUGCUGGAUCUGUAAAGUGGAUUAUCAAUAGACCUAAUCAGUUCAAAAUGUUUAGCCAAUUUUUAUUGGAUUUUAGAUCUGUGGAUGGUUACGUUACAAGUAGAGAUUAUUUGGUAAAGUUUAACAGUAUCAAUGGUCAAAUUGUUCAAUCAGUAGACUUUUCCAAGCAACACAUUUCAUUUCCAUUAUUAGGAAUGACAUCACUGGAUAAUUAUUUGAUCGUUUUAAGCCAAAAUACAACAGGUGAUAACUUGGAAUUCUCAAUUAUGGAUAAGAAGACUACAACCAUCACCUCUACAGACUCUUACAAGUUAACUUUCCAAAAGCAGGGUAUGAGGAAUUGUUCCAAUGCUUUUGCAUUCAAUAAUUCAGAUAAGUUUGGAAUUGUGUGUUCUGUAGAAUAUCCAACAAAGGGAUCCUUUAUCUAUGUAGCUCAAAUAUUCCAAGUUGUCACUGAGGGAUCUCAUUCUGAAAUACACGUCACCAAUCAAAAGGUAGUACAAGGAACAAGAUGCUCUCUUUCCAUUUCUACACUCCAACAUGGGUACUUUGGAAUUCCAUGUUCAAAUGGAUUGAUAAUUUUACAGACAGACUCUGUGGGCGAGAUUACUUUGAAAAAUUCGAAUGUGGAAUUUAAUGAACGAACUCAAUUGAUUGGAGCUUUUCACAACCAAUAUUAUUUAAUUUCCAUUAACGGGGAUUCUAUUUAUGCUGUGAAUGGGGUUUAUCCCAAGUAAAGUACUCAACAAACCCUAUUAGACUAGUAAACACUUUCGAAUUUUUAUU